AUGAAAGAAAUUGAACGGCAUGAUUCUGUGUUAAGUUUUAAAUCUUGUUUAAUAAGUAUUGUAGAAACAGUUAAUUUGAUAUCUCAGUGGAAUGAACGGGAUUCUUCAACAAAAGCUACAUUACUAAAAAAUGCAAUAUCUGAGCCCUUAUUUGUAAUAACACUUUGUUCAUUAGCUAAUGUGUUAAAUACCACUAUCUCUUUAAGUGAAGCUCUUCAAAAAAAAUUAUUGGAUGAGGAAUAUGCAAAAACUAUUCUUAAAGAUACCAUAAAGAUAUUAAAUAAAAGACGACAGAAUGAAGAAAACUUUAACUCUAUAUUUAUGACUGCAUCAAAGUUACUAGAAGACUUAGGGUUAAAAAUCAAGAUUCUACGAAUUACAGGAAAACAAACUAAUCGCGCAAACCUCAAUACCAAGGAUCCUCUAACUUACUAUAGAGUCAAUGUUUAUUUACCGCUACUUGAUAGCAUAGUUCUAGAUUUACAAUUCAGAUUUUCUGAUGAAACUUUAAACUCUUUUGAAUUAAAUGUUGCAAUACCUAGAAAUUUAUUAAAUAAAACAAAGACAGAGUUAACAGCAUUCAUAACUAAUAUACUGAGUUUUAUGAAAGGGCUGCCCAAUAUAAAUACUAUUGAUGAGAAUGUCCAAUUAAUGAAAGUUUCUUCAGAAUUUGAAUUUUUGGAGCUAAAAUGGAAAGACGCAAUCAAAAAGCAACAAGACUUACUUGAAUGUGCACUGGAAGCAUACAAGCAAUGUAAUGGUAAUGUCUUCCCUUUAAUUAAAUGUAUUUUGCAACUGCUUUGCACCCUACCUGUUAGCGUUGCUUCGGGAGAACGGAGUUUCUCAGUUUUAAAAAGACUCAAAACUUGGUUAAGAUUCAAUAUAGGACAAGAACGAUUGAAUGGCUUAGCUAUGAUUCAUAUCCAUAGAGAUUGCAUCAUAAAUGUUGAAGAGAUUAUUGAUAGUUUUGCAUCUUCGAAAACUAGAAAGCUCAAUUUUAUAUUGUAG